GUCCAUCUCCAUCUCCAUCUGCAUCCAUCCACCUGCAGCAACGUAACCCAACCAAAAGCAGACGACGAUGCAUCCGGUGCCUCCGCGGUCGAGCCCCAGCAACAUCGCCACCGGCAAGAGGGUACACCCUUCCGACGCCGACGCCCUUCACCACAGCUGCACCGCCGACGCGGACCAGCAGCCGGCGCUCUACACGGUGUGGAAGAGGUCCAGCAUGGGCUUCCAGGGCACCGACGGCUUCUCCGUCUACGACGCAGCCGGCGCCCUCGCCUUCCGCGUCGACAACUACUCAAGGCGCCGCAAGCUCUUCGCCGGCGAGCUCCUGCUCAUGGAUGGCCAUGGCGCGCCCCUUCUGGCACUCCGCCCACAGAUUCUCAGCAUGCGCGAUCAGUGGAACUGUUACAGAGCAUCAGAAGAAGCCGGUGACAAGAGCUCCUCCAGGCGGCAACACCUCUUCUCCAUGAGGAAAUGUUCACUUGUAAAAAGAAAUGACGAAGCAGAAGUGCACAUGUCAGGAUGUACCACCUCAUCAGAUCAUGAUGCUCAAGCUCCUAGCUUCAGGGUGCAGGGCAGCUUCUGGAGGAGAUGCUGCAAAAUCCGAAAAGGCAAUGGGGAGGAGGUGGCUAGGAUAACCAGGAAGAAGGCCGGUGCAGUGUCGGAGACGGUCACACUUGGCGAAGAUGUCUUCAGCCUUACCAUCAUGCCAAAUGUCGAUCGCACAAUGAUCAUGGCUUUCGUUGUCAUUUUGGACCGUAUCUGCCAGAGGCCAUACAAACCUUUAAUAUGUUCUUCGUAGCUCAUGCCUUCCAGCUUCCAGGUGCCGAAGGCGUAUUUGGACCCAUGAAACUUGAUGCUGAAAGUGAUAAACACUGAAAUUCAAGAAGAGCAAUGAGCAGCUAAGGCAGUAAGAUUAGAUAGGUAGGGACCGCAGCAGCUAUUGCGUCUGUUAACUGACUGAAGCCAGCAUGUAACAUGUCCUAACUUUUUCAGCAAGAGAUGGAAAUUCAGAAUUUAAAUGGAAUCUUGCAUUGCAAUGCAUACUGGAUUCCAGUGAUGUAAAUUUCAAGGAAAGUUCAUUGGUGUUGUUUAAUGCUCAGAACAAAGAUGCCAC